AUGGAGACUGACGCGCCCCAGCCCGGCCUCGCCUCCCCGGACUCGCCGCACGACCCCUGCAAGAUGUUCAUCGGGGGACUCAGUUGGCAGACUACGCAGGAAGGGCUGCGCGAAUACUUCGGCCAGUUCGGGGAGGUGAAGGAGUGUCUGGUGAUGCGGGACCCCCUGACCAAAAGAUCCAGGGGUUUCGGCUUCGUCACUUUCAUGGACCAGGCGGGGGUGGAUAAAGUACUGGCGCAAUCGCGGCACGAGCUCGACUCCAAAACAAUUGAUCCCAAGGUGGCCUUUCCUCGGCGAGCACAGCCUAAGAUGGUGACUCGAACGAAGAAGAUCUUUGUUGGGGGGCUAUCAGUAAACACCACAGUGGAAGACGUGAAGCAGUAUUUUGAGCAGUUCGGGAAGGUGGACGAUGCCAUGCUGAUGUUUGACAAAACCACCAACCGGCACCGAGGGUUCGGCUUUGUCACGUUUGAGAGCGAGGACAUCGUGGAGAAAGUGUGUGAAAUCCACUUCCACGAAAUCAACAACAAAAUGGUGGAAUGUAAGAAAGCUCAGCCAAAAGAGGUGAUGUCACCCACCGGUUCGGCCCGGGGGAGGUCUCGAGUCAUGCCCUAUGGAAUGGACGCCUUCAUGCUGGGCAUCGGCAUGCUGGGUUACCCUGGUUUCCAAGCCACGACCUAUGCCAGCCGGAGUUAUACAGGCCUCGCCCCUGGCUAUACCUACCAGUUCCCCGAAUUCCGUGUAGAGCGGACCCCUCUCCCGAGCGCCCCAGUCCUCCCCGAGCUUACAGCCAUUCCUCUCACCGCUUACGGACCCAUGGCAGCAGCAGCAGCGGCAGCGGCUGUGGUUCGAGGGACAGGCUCUCACCCCUGGACGAUGGCUCCCCCUCCAGGUUCAACUCCCAGCCGCACAGGGGGCUUCCUGGGGACCACCAGCCCGGGCCCCAUGGCCGAGCUCUAUGGGGCAGCCAACCAGGACUCGGGGGUCAGCAGUUACAUCAGCGCUGCCAGCCCCGCCCCCAGCACUGGCUUCGGCCACAGUCUUGGGGGCCCCUUGAUUGCCACAGCUUUCACCAAUGGGUACCACUGAAGCAGGAGGCAGG